UCCCACCUAAAAAUGUCAUUAGCUAGUCAACCAGAAGUAAGUUCUUCCUCUCAGAAUUUAAGGACUGGAAAAUAUGGAACGAUGCUUGUAGGAAAGGAAUAGAAGAUCAGUUGGAUUUUUAUAUGGUACCGAACCCGGAACCGGAUUGGGAUGAUUGGAUGUGGGAGGAUUGAUCAAGAAAUUAUAUUAGAGUUAAUAAGGGAGAACCAAAUCCUUAUGUAGAAAUUAAUAGAAGAAAAAGAGAAGAAAAUAAGACUGAAAAGGAAAAAAGAAAUGAAGAGAAAGAAAAGAAUGAAGAUCAACAAAUAAAACAGUUAGAAGAGGAAUUAGCAAAGACUAAGACUGUUAUUGACAAGAAUUAUGAUAUGUAUGAUAAGUUAUUCAAAGAAGAUGAGAUAGAAAGUUUGAAGGCCCAAAAACAGCAGUUGAUUGAUGAAUACACCAACUUUGUCAAACAUGAAAUCCCUCAUACCAAAGAACGGAUCAAACAAACAUAUUCCCCUUUCAAUAUCCAACAAAUUUCAAAAUCUGGUGACCGAAUCAUCACCGAAAUCAAAGAGUUAAUCGAAUCACCUAUAUCAUUGGAACACUUCAUCGACCCCUUCCAAGCUCCUUCUGGCCACACUUUCGACCAAACCGACUCCGACUCAAUCAUGAGAUCAGGAGUCGACCCAAUCACCAGAGUCCCACUCUCCCCCAACCACAUCCGUCCCCACUUCAUCUGCAAGCACAUCACAGAUUUAAUCAGACACCAUACCGACUAAAUCCCGAUUUCCACUUUCCCACCUCUAAUUUCAAUAAAACCUUCUCUCCCUGGGGUUUUGG